AUGUCCAUCAUGAACGGUAAUCAACAAUGGCCGCCUUUGUCGGGACAUCAAGUCAAUGGCAACAGGUCAUUUCAUUUUCCCGAUGAUGGCCCCGGACGCACUCAGACGCCCGUCGACAACUCCCAGUCCCAGGCUUCGGUGCCUGAGGCAUCAACUACUGAUAGCACCGAGGAUGACCGACAACGCGCCUUCUUCGCCGACCUCUUUCGCAGGACCGAAGCAAACAUUUCGCAUAUUUUUGGUGAAGACGGAUGCUACGACUAUACUGCCAUCGAAUCUCUUCGCCGUCCCAUCACUCUCGGCGCCCCUCUCCUACCACCAACCACCGAUCAUGCGCCGCUUGAAGAGCGCCCCGUCAAGCGCGCAAAGCGGGUCAUCGAUGAAGACGACUAUGGCGAUGAUGACGACGGAGACGACGAAGACAAUGGCAAUGACGGUGACAGCACCCAGGAUGCCGCGACAUCCAAAUCAAAAAGCGCCACACAGGCACACAAAGGCCUGCUCUCUCCAUCAAAAUCCGGCAGCUCCCCCGUGCAAUCAGUCACGACGCCGGACAAACACGAUAAAUCCAAAGAUGACCUUUCUCAAGGCUCACAAGCGUCGCAAGAACGCAACAAAUCCUCCGAAGAUGCGCGUAAGCAAUUGGAGCAGGAUCGCACAGCUACCGAGCAGGCUGUCAAGCGUAGUUUUCACACCAUGUUUUACACAUUGGAGAACGACCGAACCGCCAUGCUAGAGCAACAGCAGCUUGAAGAGGCAGAGAAACAGCUGCAAGCUGAGAUGGAUAAGAACAAUAGUAACCAAAAUACCAACGGCACAUCUGGUGCUGAAAACCACGGCUCUCUUAGUAGCGCCAACCUGGGUGCCUCGAGUUUGACGCUCAAACAUCUCAUUGCGCGUAUCGACAUGAAGCGCGAUAUGGUCCGCGCAUCAGAUGCUGAACUGCGCCACCUUAUGAACGAAGUUAGGAAAAAUCGAAGUAAAUGGGCCAGCGAGGAGAACGUCAACCAGGAGGAACUCUAUGAGGCAGUUGAGAAAGUUCUUACUGAACUUAAGGCGCAUACAGAAUACUCUACCCCCUUUCUACAGAAAGUGAACAAGAGAGACGCGCCAGACUACUACAAUCUCAUCACAAAACCCAUGGACCUCGGGACCAUGACCAAGAAGCUCAAGUCCACACAGUACAAGUCAAAGGCAGAAUUUGUCGCCGAUUUGAACUUGAUUUGGGACAAUUGCUUGCGUUACAAUCAAGAUAUGAACCAUCCCCUUAGGCGCAUGGCCAAUGGCAUGCGCAGGGAGGCCGAGAAGCUCAUUCCCCUAAUCCCUGACCUUGUCAUCCGCCCCCGCGCCGAAGUCGAAGCUGAGGAACGCCGCAAGUUGAAUGGUGGAGAUGACGACAAUGGUGACGAUUCCGACGAUGAGCCUAUCAUGUCCUCGCGCGGUCGAAACACCACCGGCGCAAAAGGCGCAAAGUCUCGCAAAGCUCCCACCGAUCAGAAAGAAGCGACGCCUGGUGCCGAUCAGAAGCCAGUCCUACAACUGAAUGGACUACUUGCGAAAGCACAUAGGGAAGGGUCUGAGCUUGACGGGAGCAACGGGUUUGCAACACCACCCAUAGCUGGCUCGGCUACUCCUGGAGGUAUGAAUGGACAUUCUGGCAUAGCCAGCAAUGGAGAUGCCAUGGAUAUCGAUGGCCCAUCCUUGAACGGAAUGGCUCUCAAUCACGCACUCAAUGAGGCACAGGAGCAGGUGUACGAGGAUGACGAGUACAAGAUCUAUAAGCAGCUCACCAAGAAGGAUCGUGCUCAAAUUGCCAUGAGACGCUACCAGCUGUUCAACGGACGCAAGCUCAAUGUCGACGAACCCGCUCUACUUCGGACCAAGGCCAAGAUGCGCAACUUCUUGCGUCAUCAACAGCAGGCAGAACCUCUUGGCACGUCCAGUCCCACCGCAGAUUCGUCGGUCGCAGGCAGUAAGGACGCACCCAAAGCACCAGAGACUCUCGCAGAAGGCAUGGAAGAGGAUGACGGAGACAUUCUUGCCCCCGACUACUAUGAGACACAGAGCCUGAUUCCAGAUAUACACCCCAAACUGCAGUGGGUAGAGGAUGGUGAUGGCCAAGUGAUCAAUCACCAUGAGGAGUAUCUCAAAACUAUCCCGAGUGGUCUCUACACUGCGCCCAAAGGCCAGCUUUCUGAAAGGCUCGACGCCAAUCUAAGGCAAAUGCAGGAGACUCGAAAGGUCUGCGCAAAGAUUGCUGUGGUCAAACAAAUGCAGAUACAAACCCAGGUUUACCAGAAUCAAUUUCCCAAGUAUGAACCUGAGCCUUUUGUGGAGCAUGACAUUGAGCCACAUGUCGUCUGUAGCGCCGACAAUCUGGUCAUGGACCCUACUGUCAACCGAGCCGCCCUGCAGAGAUCUGUCGCAAAAUUGCUGUAUCACGCUGGGUUCGAGGAAAUGCAACCAUCUGCGUUGGAUGCCAUUACGGAUAUUGCUGGGGACUAUUUUCACAAGCUCAGCACGACAUUCAAGAUUUACGCCGAGGCUGAUAGAACCGAUCCUACGCCGGUAUACGCUCAACGUGGCGCUCGUGUGCAGCCUCGAUUCACUGAUGAAGAGAUUCUUCUUCAUACCUUGGGCGAAAACGGAUACAGCGUCGAGGACUUGGAGUCCUAUGCCAAGGACGAAGUUGACAGACUUGGUAACAAGCUCGUGUCUAUGCAUGAUCGUAUGAAGACACAUCUGAGCGACCUUCUCCGUCCAGCGCUGCAGGAAGGAACAGGUGACGGUGGCGCAUCAUCAUUCAACGAGGGCAGCGAGCAGUUUGUCAGCGGUGACUUUGCCGAAGAACUUGGCGAAGACUACUUUGGUUUCCGUGACCUCGGUCUAGCGGGCGAGCUCGGUGGCAUGCUGUCUGUUCCUCUUCACUUGUUGCAUUCGAGGGUUCGCAUGACCUACACCAGUCAAAAUACCACCGCAGGGCCGGCGGAUGCUCAGAUGUUUGACGAACUGUCACCUCCUGACCCCGUUACGAAGGACAAUAUUCACAACCAAAUCGGCCUGGCUAAGAACUUUUUCCUCGCCAAGUUGCACGCUAAUGGCGAUCAGCCCUUGAUUGAGGAUGCCGAUCUACCCGUCAAACAGCAGCGUCCUCGACCACGUCUCGGUGCUACGGGCAAGAUCGUCUCUCCCCAGAAGCGGCCACCGAAGGAGCAGAACGCCAUUAACAAGAAGAAGAAGAAGAUGGAGGCUGCUGCUGCCGCCGCCGCAGAAAAGGCCAAUGCUGCCAAUGCGAGCCCCGAGAAAAGCAAGGACAAGAAGCUGCCUGCGAAAACUGGCGCCGCUGCUUCGAACAGUUCUAUGAAUGCGCCAUCAUCGUCGUUGCCUGUAGCGCCUGAGAUGUCACGUGCUGAGAGCAUGCAAAGCCAAGGUGCCAACAGCCAAACAGACAAAACCGACACCGGCAUGAUGAGCCCAGAAAGUAUGGAACGGUAA